AAAAAGGCCCUCUCAAAACACGGGUAUUCCCGCAAGGCUCCUCAUUUUUUCCUUAUGUCCGCGACCACUUUAAUGUCUUACAUGGUAGACUCCUGAGCAAACAUGGGUCAUCAACAGGUUUAUCCUCAACCACCUUAUCCGCUGCAUGACUCUAUCAGGGACAAGCUUGAUCCGGACUAUGUUGAAUUUUACAACAAGUACCUUUUGAACGCUCCUCAAGUUCACUACCAGCCCGUUGCCGCCUCCCGAGUCGGAGGAAAGAUAAUACCGGGCGGAACUGAUCCCGUACCCGUAGGCAAGACCAUCGACGUCUCCAUCUCCCGCCGGGAGACGGCAGGCCCCGACGUCCGCGUCCGCGCCUUCGUCCCGGCGGGCCAGCCGCCCUCCCCGUCCGGCUGGCCCGUGUUUGUCUGGUACCACGGCGGCGGCUGGGUCCUUGGCAACAUCGACUCGGAAAACAGCCUGUGCAGCAACGUCUGCGCGCGCGCACGCUGCGUCGUCGUCACCACCGACUUCCGCCUCGCGCCCGAGCACCCCUUCCCCGCGGCCGUGCACGACGCCUGGGAGGCGGCGCUGUGGGUCGUGACCGGCGCCGCGGCGACCGCCCUCGGUGAGCCGCUGGACCUGGCCAAGGUCGCGGUCGGCGGGUCGAGCGCGGGCGGGAACCUCGCCGCCGUGGUGACGCACAAGGCGCUCCGGCACGAGGCGUUUGCCGCGGGGUUCAAGUUCCAGCUGCUCGUCGUGCCGGUUAUGGACAAUACUGCCUCGAUGGAGACGAGCCCGACGUACGCAGAGUACGAGCACACGGCCGCGCUGCCCGUCGACAAGAUGCUGUGGUACCGGCGGCACUACCUCCCCGACCAGGGGGAGUGGUCCUCGGUCGAGGCGUCGCCGCUGCUCGCCGACGCCGAUACUUUUGCCAAGCUGCCGCCCGCGCUGGUCGUCGUCGCUGGCCUGGACGUGCUGAGGUGGGAGGGCGAGGAGUACGCGAGGAGGCUGCGGGCUGCGGGCGUAGACGCCGAGGUUAAGGUCUUUGAGGGGGUUCCGCACCCUUUUAUUGUGAUGGAUGCUGUGUUGCAAAAAGGGAAGGAAGGUGUCGACUUUGUCUGUGAGCGUCUUGCUGCCGUGCUGGCUUGA